UAGACAUUGAUAUAGUACUGCUUUAGUAACAGUACUGGAUCACUGUACUGGAGAGUCGAUUCCAUUAACCUUAGGUCAGGAGUAAGUGAGUGGAACCCACCAGCAGAAAGGAAAAUGGGACCUACAAGUUAAUAAGAUUCUUUGAAGGGUGGGGCACGGAGGAGGAGAAAGAAACUAUGGUUGUUUUGGCAAUACAGUGACCUUAGGAUGAUGCAUGUGUUGACAGCUUUCCAUGUUUGGCAUUUGGAGGGGCUGCCAUACUAGCAACUGUUUCAAAUUGCAAGUGAAGUUGCUCUCCAUUUUCUUCUUUUCCUAAAAUGAAAAGAAAAGGGAAUUAGUACAAAAGAAUAGAGUGGUGAAUUAGGUGUUUGUAGGUUUUAGCAUCCCGACGAAUCCUUGAAGAAAAGGACGAACCACCCGCAUGUCACUUCCCUUCCUUAUAGCCCUCCCCACACUCCUCAGUUCUCACCACCAAACCCUAACUAACCUCCAGUAUUAGAGAGAGAGAGAGAGAGAGAGAGAAACCUAAUUCUAGUUGUACCCUGAUAACCCAACUUAAAAUCUUGAAAAAUACAUGUCCUUUUGUUUCUCUAGUUAUAAACAUUGAAGCUGAAGAUAAACUCUUGAUGAUCUUCUGAAAUGACUAGGGAAGUUAGUUCAGCAUCAGUUCCUCUGUUGGGCAGUUAUAGCUCUCAAAAUUCAAGAAAAGAACGCGCUAAGACUGUGCCAUUGGAUAAUCAAGAUUCUGCUGCUUACUGCCAGUAUCAAGCGUGGAGUCCUUCCCUUUCACAGGCGGUUGACGAGAUCAAACAGCUCUACACCAUAGCCUUCCCUAUGAUCAUUACAGGGCUUCUCAUAUAUGGCAAGUCUGCCAUAUCAAUGUUCUUCAUGGGGAAAUUAGGGAAAGACGUAUUAGCAGGAGGGUCUCUCUCCAUCGGCAUCGCUAACAUCUCUGGUUACUCUGUUAUCUCCGGGCUUGCUAUGGGCACGGAAGCCAUCUCUUCUCAAGCCUGUGGAGCAAAGCAGUGGCCCCUCAUGGGCCAAACCCUUCAGAGAACAAUCGCAAUUCUCAUCUUGACAUGCGUACCCAUCUCUCUUUUGUGGCUAAACGUUGAGCCUAUCCUUAUAUUUUGCGGCCAAGACCCAGCAAUCUUAUCUGUUGCCUCUACUUAUCUAGCCUUUUCUCUUCCGGAUCUGUUUCUCCAAUCCUUCAUUAAUCCUCUCAAAAUCUACCUGAGAACUCAAAACAUAACUCUGCCUCUCAUGCUCAGUGCAGCUUUUGCUCUAGCUUUACAUGCUCUUAUCAACCAAAUCCUUGUCUGUCACCUUGGCCUUGGUAUUCAAGGCAUUGCUGUGGCAGUAACAAUAACGGACUUGAAUCUUCUUGCUGCCCUUUUGAUUUACCUUUGUUUCUCAGGCAUCUGUCGCGAAUCAUGGCAAGGCUGGUCUCUCCAAUGCUUCGAUGAAUGGAAGCCCAUCCUUGGCCUAGCAAUCCCUAGUUGUAUCUCUGUGUGCUUAGAAUGGUGGUGGUACGAGCUUAUGAUAGUUCUUUCAGGGCUCCUAACUAAUGCUUCUGAGGCAGUUGCCACCAUGGGAAUUCUAAUACAAGCAACUUCUCUUGUCUAUAUCUUCCCAUCAUCCCUGAGCCUAGCCGUCUCAACUCGAGUAGGGAAUGAGUUAGGUGCGAACCACCCUAGCAAAGCCAAAACCUCAUCCAUUGUCGCUCUGUCAUGUGCAAUAUUCACGAGUUUUAUUGCCAUGUUAUUCAUGACAUCAAUGAGGCAUGCUUGGGGACAAAUUUUUACAACAGAUACUGCAAUAUUGUCACUAACAGCCACGGCCAUGCCUGUAGUGGGGCUUUGUGAGCUUGGAAACUGCCCACAGACCACCGGCUGUGGGGUGCUCAGGGGCAGUGCUAGGCCAAGUCUUGGAGCCAACAUAAAUUUGGGUUCUUUCUACGGCAUAGGCUUGCCUAUUGCUAUAUUAAUGGGCUUUAUGAUGGGCUUGGGCCUGUUGGGCCUAUGGUUAGGCUUGCUAGCAGCCCAGGUUGUUUGUGCUAUUAUUAUGGUUGUGGUGUUGAUGAGGACAGAUUGGCAAGUGGAAGCAAAUAGAGCCAGAGAGCUUACUGGAAUAGAUGAUGGGGUGGGUGAAGCAGAGGCUGAGAGUAAGAGAAAAAAUCUUCAAGGGUUAAUAUCAGUCACUCUUGUUGAUUAGAAAGUAACCAACUUUUGCAAUUGGUUAGUUUUAUCUUCCCUUUUUCUUCCAAUCUUUUAUUUGAUUUUUAAGUUUUUACAUAUUAUGAUUUUGUAAGAGAGGUUUUGAAUAGGCUCACAUUUGGGCUUUUUUUUUUUUUUUCCUUUUUUGGGUUUGGCAGAAUAUUACAUUUACCAACAAAAUAUUUUGCAUAUUUCAAACUGCAGU